UCUCGAUCGCAGCGCCACGAACUUUGGUCGACAGGGAGCGGCCGCUUUUGGCCACGUUUUCCAACUACUAUUUUGUUUAGCCAGAGCAAAAUGCUCUGGAAGCUGAAAGGUUGAAACAUGUGAGCUGAAGCGUGCUCCUUGCGUGCUGUAUGCUGAAACUAGACUGAACGGCUGAACCAUCAGACACGGGACGAUGCGACUGUGUAGCAAGUGUGAUUCGUCACGAGCUGUUCUCAAGCGUCCAAAGACAGGGGACGCACUGUGCAAAGAAUGCUUCUAUGUUGCCUUCGAGACGGAGGUGCACGAGACGAUUGUGCGGGCACACCUGUUUCAACCGGGCGAUUAUGUGGCCAUCGCUGCAUCAGGAGGCAAAGACUCAACUGUGCUGGCAUAUGUGAUGAAGCUGCUCAAUGAACGCCAUAAGUAUGGGCUUCGGCUGGUGCUACUGUCAAUCGAUGAAGGCAUCACAGGAUACAGAGAUGAUUCACUGAAGACUGUCGAGCAAAACCGAGAGGAGUAUGGCAUUCCAUUGGAGGUGCUGUCCUACAAGGACCUCUAUGGCUGGAGUAUGGACGAAAUUGUGGCACAGAUUGGGCGCAGAAACAACUGCACUUUCUGUGGAGUGUUCCGUCGACAGGCACUGGAUCGUGGUGCAGCAAAGCUUGGUGUCAAUAAGAUGGUCACAGGUCACAAUGCAGACGACAUUGCAGAAACAGUCCUUAUGAAUGUGCUGCGGGGUGACAUUGCCAGGCUCCAGCGGUGCACAGCUAUAACUACAGGAUCGGAAGGUGCCAUUCCUCGUUCUAAGCCCUUCAAGUACACCUAUGAGAAGGAGAUCGUCAUGUAUGCCCACUUCAAGAAGUUAAACUACUUCUCUACCGAGUGCAUCUACUCCCCAAAUGCUUACAGAGGCCAUGCUCGGGCAUACCUCAAGGACCUCGAAGCUAUUCGGCCAACGUCCAUCCUAGACAUCAUUCACUCUGGUGAGUGCAUGGCUGUCAAGGAGGGAGUCCGACUCCCUCAGAAAGGAACGUGCAGCCUUUGUGGCUACAUCUCCAGCCAGCAGUUCUGCAAGGCCUGUAUGCUCCUUAAGGGACUCAACCAGGGUGUGCCGAGGUUGGGAGUUGGUAAAAGCUCUAAAGACAAGGCAAAGUUUGCAGAGCUACAAGCACUCAAGUUGGAAGGUUCAGUUUCUGGAGCCAUGCCCUCAUCGCCGGCUCACCGUAAUGUGUCAUUAGAGUGGUGACCCUAAGGGCAAAGGUUAUCAUACUGUGCAAUAUGUAAUUUUACCUUCUACUCUUAACCUUUCAUCACAAGUGUGCCUUUUUCCACAAGCCUGCCUAGGCAUUCUGAUUAGGUCUGUGAAUCAAAGGGGUACAGACAUGACAUUUUUGACAUUUUCUUGCUUUAGAUAACUGUAUUCAGAAUAGCCUCAACUGACUAGAAAAAAAAAAAAGCUAUUGCUAUUCCUCCAAGCAUCCUACAUAAUUUACUCACUUUAUUCUCGUGAAGUGUUGUGGCAGCAGAACACAGACAGCAGUCAUGUGGGAGCAGUACUUCAAGUCUCAGCUCUUUAUUUGUUGGGUACUUAGGUUAGGCUGCAGAAUGAGAAUUAGCAUAACAGAUGACCAAGCAAGCUGCAGUUAGGGCCAAAAUGUCACGCUGUGACAACCUUCUAUACAAUGGCAUCAUAACACACGCACCUUCCAAGAAAUUAAACUAAUCUGAUCGUAAUCGUAGGGAAGUUUAUGUUUUAAUAAAUUAUUUAUGGUUCUUCGUGGCAGACAGUAUAUAUUUUCUUUUAUUUCAAGAUUUAGGAUAAAAAGAUAGCAAGUCUGAAAUGUAUUGGCAGUGCUCCAUUGAAGCCCAUGCUGCAUUGUAUCCUAUGAUCAUCAUCAAUAAUGUGCACAUCUUGUUUCCCUAAAGAUGCCCUGCAACACCUUUGUAAAUUAUCGUAAAGUGAUCUUUUUGUCUCAUGAAUCUCCUACCAAUAAACUUUUUUUUAAAUUCA